AUGAUCAAGGAAACUGGGAUGUUAGAUGUUGGGACACAUUGCUAUUAUUGCAGACAAUUAGACUUUUUGCCCUUCCAUUGUUCCCAAUGCAAUCAAGAUUUUUGUUCUUCACAUAGAUUAAGAGAAUCACAUCACUGUGAAUCCCUCCGAGUAAAUAAACUGGAUAAUUCCCAGAAGACUGUAUCUUCAAUGGUUAAUAAUCAUGGGAAGUUUUUCCAAAGUUUGCUUCCAGCCAAAGCUUCAGAAAGAAUUAGAGAAUCAACAAAAUUGUCAUCUCCCUCUUCAUCGAUACCAAAUAGCAAUACUAUCAAAUCUUCACUGAAUAAAUCAAGUUUAGAUAAAUUACUUAAAUUCUUCAAUCGCCAUAAAACAAAGACUUUUUCUUCUUCUUCCUCUUCUUCUUCUAAUAAUCUUUCUCAGAAAUUAUCUCUCCAGAACUUGUCCAAGGGAGACACAAAAAUUCCAGUGCAAAAUAGAAUCUAUAUAUAUUGUUAUGUGUUAGAUGUAGAUCGUAACGUUGAAGAACCUGAACCAAUAUAUAUUAAUAAAAUUUGGCCAGUUGGUAGAGUCAUUGACUAUUUGGCUUCCCAACUUGGUAUCAAAAAUCUUAAUUUGAAAGCUGAUCCAAAUAUGAGGUUAUUUCUUUAUAAGGCACUUAAUUCCAAUAAUAAUCAGCAAUUGGUAGAAUUGAAUCCAAACGACAGAGUCGUUGAUAAGAUUUUCACAUUAGAUACCUUAUAUUUAAUUCGCGGAGAAAUUAAAAAGUGA